AUUGGAGAAAAUGUUGAAAACUCAAAAAUAAAUAAAUAAAUAAAUAAAAGUAGUUGAAAAUGGCGUGAAAAAGUAGAGCAUAUGGGGGGUGUGGAUUUUGGGUUUCGCACUCAAAGAUUCAAGCUUUCCACGAAUUCAUACUCUAAGAUUCGAGCUUUCGGCGAAUUCAUUGAGGAGGAACUGCGACAUAGAUAGAGAGAGAGAGAGAGAGAGAGAGAGAGAGAGAGAGACGAGAGAUUGGGAGAUGGAAUCGAGGAGACAAGUAGGGAGAGCAGUGAUCGUGUUGAUAUGUGGUACGCUGGUGUACUACCACUGUGCAUAUCGGAAUGCCAGCCUUGUCUCUCUCGUCUCCGACGUCUUCAUUGUCCUUCUCUGUUCCCUCGCCAUUCUCGGCCUCCUCUUUCGCCAAAUGAAUAUCUCGGUACCGGUGGAUCCGCUUGAAUGGCAGAUUUCUCAGGACACUGCUAACAGCAUUGUUGCUUGGUUAGCUAAUACUGUUGGGGCAGCUGAAUCUGUGUUGAGGGUUGCGGCAACGGGACAUGAUAAGAGGCUUUUCGUUAAGGUUGUCUUUUGCCUUUAUAUAUUGUCAUCCUUGGGACGAUUGGCUUCGGGUCUUACGGUUGCUUAUGCUGGGUUGUGCUUGUUUUGUCUUUACAUGCUCGUAGAGAACUCUCAAUCAAUCAGUGCAGCUCCUGCUCGUUUCCUACGGAGAAGAAAUUUCACAGGAGAGCAAUCUUCGGAGCAGGACUCGAUGUGAUCAAUGCUUUUCUGUAAUCAAAUUUGUAAUACCAAUCUUAGUGUUAGUGUCCCUAUUGCGGUUGCAGCUAAGUUGCUGCAGCUACUCGUAGUCUUCUCUGUAAAUACAUCAACUCGUCUGAUACAGCCAUCCUUGGGUAUAGAUUUUUAUUUUUUUGACCAAAGGAUAACAAAUUAGUUUUUCAACUUGGGUGUUAUAUGGUCUUAUAGCUUGCCAAUCUGUUUGUUUUUUUUUUUUUUUUUUUUUGGGGGGGGGCGGUCUGUUCGGUUUUCACUGUGGAAUUAUGUUUUUAUAUUUACAGGUUUUGUUUAUGUCCUUUACCAGAUCAUCCAUGGUGUUUGAAAAAUAAGAGAUGUACGAAUGAAAGAACUCCUUUAAAGAAGAAAAAGAAGCAGCUCAUGUGUAGUCAGUUCUUAUUUUAUUUUAUUUUAUUUUGGUCUUUAUAAACUAAAA